AUGGCUGAUGCAAGAAAUAUUAACGAUGAUAAUGAUGAUAACAAUGAUGUGGCUAGACAAGAAGCAUUCGAGAACAGAGUUACAGAAGUAGCGGAAGGGGUUAUACAAGCCAAUCUUCCACGGUUGGCUCAAGAAGUAGAAAGCCGAGUUCUGGGGGUUGUGGAUGCUAUGAUGACCAGUAAGUUCGAAGAGUUGAAGGAAUUAAUCGAAGGAUCCAAGGGUAGAGGUAAGGAACGAAGGUGCACUUAUAAGGAUUUUAUGGCAUGCCAUCCGAUGACGUAUGACGGUAAAAUUGACCCAGUCGAAUGUCAAAGAUGGGUCUCGAAUAUAGAGGCGGUGUUUAUACGAAGCCGGUGCGAUAAGGAGGACCAAGUGAUGUUCGCUACCGGUUUACUAACCCAUCAAGCGAAAGAUUGGUGGGAUGCGCACAGCAAGGAAAUAGGCGACGAUAGGCUGCAAGUUAUGACUUGGCAAGAGUUCAAGGGGCCCUUCAUGAGAUAUCAUUGCCCUCAGUCGGCUAUCGACAAGAUUCAGGAGGAUUUCUUACGCCUCAGGCAGAAAAACGAAUCAGUAAAUGAAAUAGCAAACACUUUUAUGGAUAAGAUGAAGUUCUGUGGAGAAUUGGUAACAACCGAGAGGAUGAAGAUAAAUCGUUUCUAUGGCGUGUUAAAGGCAGAAAUUAGAGAGUUCAUCACUCCCUCAAAAUGUGAAACCCUCGAGGAGCUCAUUGAUUUAGCACGUGAUAGGGAGAUCGAGAUUAAAAGACAAGAAGAGCGAGGUGAAAAGAGACCGAGUGAAAAGGGUGCAAGUUUUAGCCCAUCUAAAAAGGGGAAGUUUCAGGAUCAAGGAAGGAAGGGCAAGUCGAAAGGUGGAAUUACACCAUGCAAGACGUGUGGGAAGCUCCAUACCGGAGAAUGUUUGCUAGGCAAAAAGGGGUGCUUCAAAUGCGGGAAAGAGGGGCAUUCGUCUUAUCAAUGCCCGAAUAACCCAAAGACUUGUUUCAACUGUUUUGAAAGGGGGCAUAUCAAGUCGGAAUGCCCGAAGCUUCAGCAAGAAUCAAAGAAAGAAGAUAAGAAACAAGAGAGUUCUAAGGCGAAGGGGAGAAUGUUUCAAAUCACAUCGGAAGAAGCCAAAUCCCAGCCGAAUGUGGUUUCAGGUAUCUUUUUAAUAAACUCAAUGCCGGUUUAUGUAUUGUUUGAUACCGGGGCCACUAUGUCAUUUAUCUCUAGUGAAAUCGUACAACAUCCUUCCUUUAAGAUUGAACGGAUGUUGAUGCCCUUAGAAGUAGAGAUAGCAGAUAGUAAAAAUUAUUUGUUGCACGAAAUAUGUAAAAAUUAUAAAUUAACCAUUGAGGAUGAGGAGUUUGCUAUCGAUCUUAUACCCAUGAUCUUGGGAGAAUUUAAAGUAAUAGUGGGUAUGGAUUGGAUGUCCCAAAACCACGCGGAGAUAAAUUGUGAAACCAAAACUAUACAUCUCCAAGCUCCAAGUGGAAGACGAUUAAGUGUACAAGGCGAAAGAAAGAUGGAAGCGAAGUUAUGUACCCUCGUUCAAGCUACCAAGUAUGUGCUCAAUGGGAGUAGAGCAUAUUUAGCUUACGUGAUUAAUACUCAACAAGGCUCCCCGAAGCUCGAAGAUGUUGAAAUUGUGAACGAAUUUCCGGAUGUAUUUCCGGAGGAAUUGCCGGGACUCCCUCCCGAACGAGAAGUAGAAUUUAAUAUUGAAUUGAAUCCGGGUGCGAAACCGGUUGCGAAGGCUCCCUAUAGACUAGCUCCCACGGAAAUGCGAGAGUUAAUGACACAAUUGCAAGACCUCCUAGACAAGGGCUUUAUACGCCCAAUUAUGUCCUUCGGGUUAACAAAUGCGCCGGCGGCAUUCAUGGACCUUAUGAACCGUGUAUGCCGACCCAUGUUGGAUAGGUCUGUGAUCGUAUUCAUUGAUGACAUUCUGGUUUAUUCACGAAGCAAAGAUGAACAUGCAGUACACUUGCUUGAAGUACUCGAAGUUCUCCGUAAGGAGAAGCUUUACGCAAAAUUUUCCAAAUGCGCCUUUUGGCUCAGGGAAGUGCAGUUUUUGGGGCACGUGAUAAAUUCGGAGGGUGUUUUAGUUGAUCCUUCAAAGAUCGAUGCUGAUUUUUCCAAGAUAGCCUUACCCUUAACAAAAUUGACAAGAAAGAAAGAGAGGUUUGUAUGGGGAAAAGAACAGGAGGAGGCUUUUCAAAUGUUAAAAGAGAAACUAUCAAGUCCCCCGAUCUUAACAUUACCAGACGGAACCGAAGACCUGGUGGUCUAUUCAGACUCUUCACACCAGGGAUUGGGUUGCGUUCUAAUGCAAAGAGGGAAAGUUAUCGCUUAUGCUUCACGACAAUUGAAGCCACAUGAGGUGAACUACCCCACCCACGACUUAGAAUUAGCGGCGGUAGUGUUCGCAUUAAAGAUUUGGAGGCAUUAUCUAUAUGGGGCAAAAUGCACCAUUUACUCGGACCACAAAAGCCUUAAAUAUUUCUUUGAACAGAAAGACCUAAAUAUGAGGCAGCGGAGGUGGUUGGAACUUAUCAAAGAUUACGAUUGUGAUAUCCUCUACCACCCGGGGAAGGCAAAUGUAGUAGCCGAUGCGUUAAGCCGUAAAGGGUAUCCAUCUCCCAUAAGAGUGAAAUCCAUGAAGAUGAUAGUUACGCCAUGA